UACUUUCAUAUGGUAGCUGCUGUUCAGUUUGUACUGCUUUUUUUUAUUUAUUCCUACGUGAGCAGACCCAGUAUACUUCUUGCAUAUAAACAGAGAAAAUUACAAUAUUAAGGACUUAUUAAACAUUCUUUUGGAGUAACAUUAGUGCUAGUCAGAGCCUUGCCUACUACAUAAGACUAAGAAGAUACAUUUUCUGCUGGUAAUCCCAAAGCUUUCAGACAUGGAUUAUAAGGGAAUCUAAAUGACAACAGCAAGAAUAAAAAUCAUGAAGAGGAAUAGACAAAGUUUCCAGUACAAAUCAUUACAUCACAAUGGAUAACCCAUUACAAGAAAAAUAUCUGCUAUUCUGCAAAUGCUGACUAGGUGGUCUGGACUACCCUGCUGAUGCCAAAGUAUUUAUAGAUUUCACUCAAACAACAGUUCUUCAGACAUGCUUAGCCUUGUACUUGGAUGAACUAGAAAGUAAGGACCAUACAUCAAUAACUGCUUUCACAGAGUCCUUUUGGAUGCUAUACUUUUCUCAGUCACAAGCCACUGAUUUUUGUUUGGCUUUUUAAGAAGAUUAGUUUCAGCUGCUGAAGUAAAAGGAUGGGACAAGAAGAGAAAGCAUCUCUGAAAGAUUAAUUUCAGUUUAAUAUUAACAGAUAUGUUCCUACAGGCAUAUUAUGCAUCAAAAAUGCUAGUGCCCAAGUCAGUUAUUAUAUACUCUGUAAAAAGAAGAAAUAUUUAACAGGUCUACAGUUCAACACCGGAUUUCUGAAGGGCUAACUGUCAACAAAGGGGGCAUCAGAAAAGCAGUAUUAAUAUUUAUCUUUACAUUACAUUAGUUAGGAGUAAAUAUACCUUAUUCUACUGUAAUUUAUACUUUUGUUACCUAUUAAACAACAAUGCUGGAAAAUGUAAACAUUAAGGUUUCCAAAUGAUCUCCUUUAUAACUUUCUCCUUGGAUUCAGGAUUAAAUUAUUAGUUCAUCCUGUUGUUGCAUCUAACUAGCUAGCUAUCUUUCUAAUAAAAUAAUAUUUAAAGCUACAAGGGAAAAUUGAAAAUAAUUUCCCAAACAAAAUACACCAGCUAAGAAACACAAAUGGUAACAAGCAGUAAAAGGAACACAGUUAAAAAGCAACACUUAAAAUUGUCAUUUGGAUCUGGGGUAUAACCACCAGGUGCUUUUGGAAUGACCUAAUGAAAUGGGUCGCAAAGAAACGCGUUACUUGCAGACCUUAAACUGCGAUUCAAUGGCCCAGCAAAACAUAAAAGUACGUCCUGUACUAUUGAAACGGAACAGCCUCGAUUCUGUUGAUUUUGUGAGGCAGCCACACCACCGCAGAAUCAAAUCUCAGCAAGUUCGAUUCCAAGAUGACGGUGCAAGCAAAAAGCCAAUGGGUGUCACUGAUUUGGACAUCGAGCCUCCCAAAGACAUAGCAUUUGUGACCGGACAGGCACAAACAUCUAGGCACCAGAACUUGCCAAACUACCCUCUUUGUUUUCCGAGGGCUCCAAAGGGGCUUAAGAACAUUGCUAUUCAGACUUCUCCUAGCCUCAGGAAACACUUCCCAGUUUUUAGGAGGAAAAAACUGAUAACAAGCAAGUCUUUAACAGAAAUGCCAACUGAGCCUGAAAGCACUGUCCAUGUCAAUGGCAACCUUUCUGAACAGGAUCUCCUGUCCUCACACUUUUCUUAUUUAAGGAUAACUGAACAUUUAGAAGAUGGAUCUAAGAGAGACCAAAUAACCAAUGAAGUAUGUCAAGGAGUGCCUAAAGCACAAAGCAAUGGACCCAUCCACCUGGAUGCAGAUGCUUUCUCAGUACUGGAAAAGGCAACUGUUUCUACCCAGGUGCCUGAAUACAUACAUCUGAGUUCUCCACAGGCCAAUAAUGCUUCCAUUUAUACUCUGGACAUGCCUAUGGAUUUAAGUGACUCAGCACAUUCUUCUACUGCAAUGAAACAAUUGAAUGAAAGUUGUAUGCAGCCAUCAAAUUCAAAAAGAUCUUACUUCUGCUUGGUGAAUACAAGUAACUGCAAUGAAGUUAAUGCACAGCCUGAUUCUUGUGAAGCAGAUAAAAGUGAUUCUGAGUUACUUGGAUCAAAUGAAGACUCCAGCACUACUCCAUUAUCACCUCCAUCGAAUCACAGUUCAUCAUACUGUAUCUCCAGAGACCAUCAACAGCUUGCACUGCCUGAAACAGAUUCUGACUGUAUGACACUGACUAAUGAUGAUCAGGCAGUAAUGUCAUUGUCCAGAAGUAGUGUGUCAAAAUCUGUUCCUUCAUAUCAAACUGAAACUGAGAAAAGUUCUACACAGUCAGACGUACCAGAGUAUAAUGAUUGUUUAGGAAGUUUUCACAUAAAGUCCUAUCUUCCAAGGAGUAAAAUAAAACCACAAACUAACAAAGAGAUUAGAGAAAUAAAUCAAAUUCACUUGGCACAUGGUGAAUUAUGUGCCCUACAAGGCAGGCUGCAGUCCGUAGAAGAAUCUUUGCAGUCAAACCAGGAGAAGAUUAAAGUCCUCUUGAAUGUAAUUCAAGACCUGGAAAAAGCCAGAGCCCUCAGUGAAGGGCGCAACUUCUACCGCACUGGCCAAGACCUCAACAACUGCAGCACUUGCCAGAACACUGCAUGUAUCAUUUACAGUGUAGAAUAUGACUUCAGGCAACAAGAAGGCAGAUUUCAUCAGAUUUUGAAAAAACUGGAUCAGGUAGAGCAAAGUCCUACCACAGCUCCUCCCCCAAAAUUACCAACAGACCAUCCAAUUCCUGAGAAGCAGGAAUUAAGAAGAAAAACAAAAAAGGUGAAAAAGAAAUGUUUCUGGUGGAUUUGAAUAUUGUACAGCUGACAUACAUAACUCUGAAACUACAUUUCAGGAGGCAU